ACGUAUUCAUUGUGGAAGUACGUCACUGGCUUCGAGCCACAGGCGGCAGCGAUGAGAAAUUCAAAAAUUGCGGGCUAGCGAGCUAGCUGCUAGCAUACAGUACGGAUUGUUAUUUUUUUCUUGUCAGUUUUUACCCCGAAACCAUGGCUUCUUAUCAUCAUUUAUUGCAACACAGAACAUCACGACUAGACUCUCCCGCCAAGGUCUUCGCUAAGCUAAAGGCUAAAGUGCUGUCAGAGCCGGUGUGCGUCAACCAGGGGCUUUUAACCAGCAACGAUGGGCUGUGUUACUCUAGAGAUGAACACAGAUCUGUUCUGAACUCCCCACGGAAGAAACCAGGGAGCGCCUCGAUAACCGACAUGCUCAAGGAAAACCAGAAGAAGUUUGAUUCUCAUCACAAUGAAGUGCAGGCUUUAACUCUUUCUCCAAUUGCGAGUCCUAAAAAACACGGCGGGUAUUCAGAAAUCAGCCCCUUGGAGGACAUGGGACGAGGACGCAUGCGAAGAGAGAGGUCCUUCUUGGAGUCUACAGCCAUGUCUCACGUUUUGUGCGACAGAGGACAGAUCCAAAGAGGACCACCUCAGAUCAGGGAUGAUUUCAAGGUACCUCGUGGGACUCUAAUGAAUAAACAAUCCGAUGGAAGGAGGGCGUUUGAAGAGGACCGUGCUCCUCUCAGCACUCCCCUGUAUCCUGCCUGUACGUUUUCCCCCAUGAAGAAGAGGUUGAGGAAGAGAAAGUGGGAGCAACAGGAAAGCCCUGCUGUCAGCGAACAUAGCACUCGCAACAAAACAAAGGAUUUGAGUAUUGUUGAAGGAUAUUCUAGCGAUUCAACAGAGAUGACUCUUGAACCAAGGUUGCCAACAAUAAGAUCCGCCACAGAAAAACGUCAUAAUGACAUUGUAGAAAGAUUUCCUCCAAUGUCCCCAGCCAAGAUUUUUGCAUACAUGAAGGAGAGGGAAGGCAAAAAAGAGCUGCAGAAAGACCACGUUGUCAACAGAAGAGUCCCUUUUGAUGGAGGUACUUCCCAUCCGUCCAGAGACACUCCCCUGACCACAACUCACAUUAUGGAGACGGAGGACGUAAGCUCAACAAAUUCUCCAGAAAGCGCAGUUCACGCUAACGAGCACGGAGUCGACUCAACUGACAGCCGGUCAGAGACCGUUCUCGGCGAGGAUGCCACCAUCACUUCUGCGCCGGUGAUUUUGCACCAAGACCCUCUCGUGCUCGAGUCUCCUCAGAUCUCCAUACCGAAGAAGCACGGUGAGGCUGUGUUCAGGCGCAACCAAUGUUCCAGACCGGUGAAAUUUGCAAAAGACAAUGUGAUUUAUCUCAGUAAAUGGUACCUGAGGUCGAGUUAUGAUGGCCUGUACGUAAAUGGGAUCCAUGGAGAAACAAACAUACCAUGGAAGAGUAACAUCGUCGUAGGCAGGGUCUCUAGUUCUGUGCUGAAGACCGUCACCGGCAGGGUUUACAUCUUAGUUGGGAAGAUGAAGGUUGAUCUUGAAUCUGGCUUACCAGGCUGGUUUUUGAAAAAGUUUGCUAAAGGCUUUCCUGCGAACUGGAAUGAGCUGUAUGAGAAGUUUCUGUUGGAGUCAAAAGCCAAACGGAAGGAACCAGGGAAGAAAGUUAAAGGGAGAAGCGUCUCAGCUAACACGCAGUCACAGACCUCCUCCCUUGAAUGUUCUGUGAAGCGCCACAGGACAACCUCCUUGAGGACUCCCGACUCCUGUCUUUCCAGCACCUUUUUGUCUUGUACAAAGGUGUCUCGAAGUGGCCGGGUGAUCAAGCCACCUCUGGAGUAUUGGAAAGGAGGGAGAGUCAUCCUAGAUGGACACAUGAAUGUAAAGGUCCUUCAAUGUUACGAAACCUCCAUCAUCAACGAUGAGGUCGCUAAAACUGUGUCGGCGAGGUCGUCGCAGAAACCCGUCCGCGUCCUCGUGCCUCGUAGUGAAGCCUUGAAGCAACGCGAGUUAGUCUGCGACAAAGACGUGUCAAUACCCCUGAGGAGGGUCAAUAUUCCGCGACACAAACCUAACAGAGCCACGGUUAAUGCUGAGGAGAAGCCGUCUAAUUUGUCCAAACCUCCUGAGGAGACACUUUGCAGCCCCGGAGAGCAAUCUGGCAGAAGAAGAUCCAGCCAAAGGCUUUCUGAUAAAGUGGACACUGACACAAAAAAGCAAAUUGAACCUGAAAAUUCUAAAAGGAAAAGGUCAAAAACCCAAACGCAGGACACCAACAAACCUCCAAAGAGACCCUCACGCCGCAAAAAGACUGUCCCAAACAUCACAGAGACUUCUGAUAGUGAUAAAACGCUGCACAACACAUCAUCUGAUGAUACAGGUUCAGUUAAGAAAAAAAAGAAAGCACACAGAGUAAAAAAAGGCAGAAAGAUUCAUAACAAAUCAAAACUAAACCACGAGUCCUCAUCCAGCCAGCCAUCAGAGUCCCCUGCAGACAGCGAGGAGAGCACCAGAGCCACGAAAAAAAGGGACAAGGCGCAAACAAAACACAAACGGAGUAAAUGCAUCGAAGCGUCACCACCCAAAAUGCCUCCGCCGAAAUCGACAAAACCCAAAGGGAAACACAAGAAGACGUUUAUUUUGCCAGAGCAAGAUGGCGAUGAGUGGACCACGGCAGAGCUCAAGAAGCUCAAAGAGGCUGUGUCCUACUAUCCUAAGCACAUGGACGGUUACUGGGCAGAGGUGGCAAGGAUGGUAGGAACACGUUCUGCAGAAGAAUGCCACAAGCAGCACACGUCACAGGGAGCAUCACAGACUCCUGCUGUAAAACCCAAGAUGCCCAAAAAGAAAAAGGUGGAACCAGAAGUUCCAGUUACAGAUAAACCUGUGAUAUCAGCCCGGGUGGGAACCUUGAGGAGAAAGCAGCAGGUGCGUGAGUUCCUGGAGGCCAUGCCCAAAGAGGAUGUCGAUGAUGUUUUCAGCUCCGCAUACAUGCGGAAUAAGCGGUUUGAGAUGCCCAGCUUGUUGCCAGGCGAUGAUCACGACCUCCGCGUGUCGGACCAGAUCCCCACAACCCCGAGCUCGUCGUAUUUCCCUGAAGUGAAGACUCCUCAGUGUCUGCAUAUCACUCCAGGAAUGAUGGGCUCACCAGACAGGAACAACGACGAUAAGUACGUCUAUCAGCUGCAGAAGCGGAUGAAGAAAAAUCAGUUUAAUGUGUGCAAGCGUCCGACAACUUCAAAGAGCUUCACACCCACACCAUCAGUUAAACGAUCGAUGAGAAGAUGCGGUAACGCAGAAAACUCGAGCUUUGUCAUUUGGGAGAUGUUCUCAGGGAACGAGGAAGCUCCAUCUCAGAGCGGAGAGGAAGAGGAUUUCUACUUCUCGGAUGAUGACAACUGACUGGAGGGCCAGAGCUGAAACAUCAUAUUCAAAAAAAAAAAAAAAAAAGUUUUUCACAGUUUAAAAAAUCAGCAGAGGAAAGAUGUAACUUUCACUUAUCACAUGUGAACAAUAAAAAUCAGUUUCAAUUUUUUUUAUAUGUGAUGAAUAUGAUUGAUUUUUAAACAUAUCUUUAAUAAUAUGUAUAGAAAUUAAAUACAUUUGCUCCGAGGUGGCCUGCUGUAUAUCAGACAUAAAGAUACAAAUUUAAAAUUUAAAUAGCUAAUUAUAUAAUUUUACUACCCCGUCUAGUACGUUCCUGUAAAUAUAGUUUUUGUUGAACUCCUCAUUCGAAGAGUCUCUUGUAAAGUUUUUUAUUUUAAAUAAACCCUUCUUCAAUCAA